UUUACGCAAACAUUCCUGUUCGAGAAGCUUGACCCUUCGUCGUCGCUGCAUUUCUAUUGCUAGUGUCGGUUGUAUUCGUGAACACGAUGGAUGUGGCCUGGUCACCUAUCGCUCGUACCUACGAUCCUCUCAAAGCCGGCAGCAUCGAUGGGACUGACGUCAAACCUCACGAUCACGGCAUCGUCCGUGCCAUGCAAGCUACCUACAAAACAAGCAAGUACGUAAAAACGGAACCACGCCUGACGAUUUUUGUAGCUCGACUCAGUCCAACUACUACUGAGGAUACCAUCAAAGAGUUCUUUGGUCAGUAUGGGAACGUGAAGAGCUGUCACUUGAUCAGGGACGUCGUGACCGGAUUCUCCAAGCGCUAUGCCUUCGUAGAGUUCUAUGAUGCAAGGGAUGCCUCGGCGGCAAGCAAUGCAAACCAAAUGCUCAUAGAUGAUUGCAAAGUCUUUGUGGAUUUCGAAGAAGAGAGAUUGUUGCCCGGUUGGAUACCCCGUCGACUAGGUGGUGGCCUUGGAGGAAAGAAAGAGUCUGGACAGCUGAGGUUUGGGGGCGUUGACCGUCCUUUCAAGAAGCCUAUCGUUCUUGGCUCCAGAAGUGGAGCUAACCUGUCGGAGCCCUUUAACGACCGAGGGCACCAGUUCUCUCAUCGCCGCGAAAACCGCUACUCAGGGUCUGACUACAAAUCGAGGGACUACGACAGGAGGGACGAUUCCAGCCGCGAGAAAAGGUCGAGCUACGAACGGUCGCGUCACCACCGCUACGAAGGGGACUACCGAAGUGACCGUGCUGAGAGGUCGCAUGGCCGACCAUACGAGAGUGGCAGCGACCGUCGGAGGAAGCACGACGACCACUCUAGUCGAGAAAGUCGGGACGAAUUCGAGAGCCGGGAACGCCGAAGUCGCAGGUCACCCGUUUAACAAGAACACUCUGGGAACUCUGUUUCUUUCAUUUUGUAAAAAUCGAUUGCAUGAUCCAUCCAAUCUUUUACCUAAUUUAUCCUUUCCGUUCUGCAGUAUAAAUAAAACAUUGCAUUCUUGUGUGCUUUU